AAUCGGAACUCGUUAUUAGGCGCAAUGUCUGUAGGAUACACAAAAGUGCCCCCAGAAGGGGGAUGGGGUUUACUGGUGGGAAUCGGAAUGGCAGCAAUGUUCACCGUGUCCCUAGGCUCCUUGCCAUCUUUCGGACUGAUGUUCGGUGACUUUUUAACAAACCUGGGGGAGGAAACCAGCGCAAUUGCCUUAAUAACCAGCUGCUUCUUCAGUGCACUGAGCUUUGCGGGUUUAUUUACGAAUACGCUGAUGAAGAAAACUUCCUGUCGGACAGUUGGCCUUAUCGGAGCCGUUCUGUACGUGUCUGGCAGCUUCCUUACGAUAUUUGUGCGAUCAACAAAUGAACUGCUCUUGUCGUUCAGUGUUCUCCAAGGUGCUGGAUUUGGGCUUAUGAUUCCCGUAUCGUACACUACAUUUAAUGCAUACUUUGUCGAAAAACGUGUGCUCAUGAUGAGCAUAUCACAAACCCUGAUUGGUCUAGGAACCAUGUUUUAUCCUAUUUUCAUCCAGAGAACAAUGGAGGCGUUCGGUUUCCGGGGCUGUAUGGCUGUGCUGGCCGCGGUAAACAGCCACACCCUUGUGGCGAUGCUGGUGAUGCACCCGGUUGAAUGGCAUAUGAAAAAAGUGAAAAUUGAGGAUGAGGCCAAUGAGCCAAUGACUAAAAACAAAACUGAAGAUUUUCUGAAAGAAGUACCGGAUAUUACAUAUGUUUCUAAGCUUUUGAAAUCGGAGAACUUGAAUCGCUCACGGAGAGCUUCGUCUAUUCCCGGAUUGGGAAACUGGUCCGGACCAGUUUUGAUCAGCGAUAGCACUGAGCGGGAUAAGAAACCACCUACCAAAUGGCAAGUCCUCGUCGAUUUUCUCGACCUAACGUUACUUAAGGAUCCUAUCUACGUGAACAUAGUGCUCGGAAUAUCGUUCGCUCUCUACUCGGAUAUAGCGUUCUUCACCCUGCAGCCGAUGUAUUUGUUCAUGAUUGGAUUUAGCAAACCGGACGUUUCGCUAAUCAUAGCCAUCGGAGCCGGAGCGGACUUGCUGUCGCGGGUCUUUUUGGCCAUUUCCAGCACAUGUUUGAACAUUAAGGCUCGCUACGUCUAUCUGGCCGGGGCGCUAUUCACCAUUCUAGCACGUUUCGCUUUUUUAUUCGUUUGCGAUUUUUAUGGGAUGGCCAUUAUAACAGCCAUAAUGGGAUUCCUGCGGACCUGGAUCCACGUUCCACUGCCCCUCGUAUUCUCCGAGUAUUUGCCCCAGCAGAGAUUUCCUUCCGGCUACGGGUUAUUUAUGUUCCUGCAGGGGAAUAUCACUUUCGCGGUCGGUCCGUUCGUGGGCUACAUCCGUGAUGCGACCGGAAGUUAUUCGAUCUCGUUCCACUGUCUUACGCUAUUCAUGGCGCUGUGUGUAUUUCCGUGGAUAUUCGAGAUUAUCUAUUUCAGAUUGAAGUCCAGGGCUGUGCAGGUGGUCCUCGAAGAGGUGCAAAACGGUGAAUGCAUAAAGCUUGAAGCGGUUGAUAAUAAAACAUGAAAUGAUAUACAUGUGUUUGGCA